AUGAUGUUACUAUGGAAACGACUUGUGCUGCUAUCAAUCAUUGGCUGCCUUGCAGUUGCUUUAUCCGGUGCAGAAGAUGGAAUGUUUCAUGGCCCAAGCUGGAGAGUGGAGCCCAGCGAUCAAACACUGCCCAUCAGUUCGCCAGAACAGGAGGCAAUUCUAACCUGUGAAGCAGAUGGAAUCCCAUCACCGCAGUACAGAUGGACUCUAAACGGAACACUCAUUGAUCUCGGGAGCGACUACCGGCGUCGCAUGUCUGGGGGCAAUCUCAUCAUUAAAGGUCUGGACAGGGACCAAGACACAGGAAUUUACCAAUGCACUGCCUUCAACACGGUGGGAACCAUCCUGAGUCGCCGCGCAAGUCUGCAAUUCGCAUACCUUGAAAACUUCAAAACUCAGACAAGAAACUCUGUAAACGUAAGAGAAGGCCAAGGAGUCGUUUUAUUAUGCGGUCCACCUCUGCACUCUGGAGAGCUUACUUUUGCUUGGGUGUUCAACGAAUACCCUUACUUUGUUCAGCAAGACAGUCGGCGGUUUGUAUCCCAGGAGACGGGGAACCUGUACAUCGCCAAAGUGGAACCAUCAGACGUGGGCAACUACACUUGUGUGGUGAACAACACUAUUACCAAAGGCAAAGUGCUGAGCUCUCCCACCCCUCUAGUGCUGCGGAGCGACGGAGCCAUGGGUGAAUAUGAGCCAAAAAUAGAACUUCAUUUCCCAGAUGCUGUUCCAGCUGCUAAAGGAUCGUCAGUGAAACUGGAAUGCUUCGCUCUAGGAAAUCCGGUGCCUCAGAUUACCUGGAGAAGGACAAGCGGAGUGCCUUUUCCCAGCAAGGUCACACUGAGGAAUUCCAACGCCAUCCUGGAAAUCCCUAAUUUCCAGCAGGAAGACACGGGAACGUACGAGUGCAUGGCGGAAAACAGCCGCGGAAAGAAUGCGGCCCGCGGACGCCUCUCUUUCCACGCGAAACCUCAUUGGCUGCAGACAAUGAGUGACACGGCCAUGUCCAUUGAGGAGAACCUGUUGUGGGAGUGCAAGGCCAAUGGGAAGCCUAAGCCGUCCUAUAGCUGGCUUAAGGACGGGGAAACCCUGGUGUCAGAGGGAAGAGUGCAGAUAGAAAACGGGAUUCUUUCCGUAACGUCUCUAAACCUGUCAGACUCCGGGAUGUACCAGUGUCUGGCUGAGAACAAGCAUGGCAUUAUUUAUGCUAGUGCAGAGCUAAUCGUGCUGGCGUCACCCCCGAGUUUUUCCCAGAAUCCUCUGAGAGGCCUGCAGAAAGCUCGUGCCGGCUCCGAGGUCACGCUCGAGUGCCAGCCCCAAGCGUCGCCACGAGCCAUCAGCCUGUGGAAGAAAGGCAACGAGAUUCUGCAGAGAAACGAACGGAUUUCUCUGUUUCCCAAUGGAACGCUGAGGAUCUCCAACGUGACAAAGCGGGACGGCGGCAGUUACACGUGCAUCGCCAAAAAUCAGUUUGGAACUGACAGCACCACUGGAAAACUUAUUAUCACAGAACCCACCAGAAUCACGCAGGGGCCGUCCAACAUGGAGAUCAUCGUAGGGGAGAGCAUCGUCCUACCCUGCCAGGUGGCGUCCGAUCCCGCCUUGGACGUGUCCUUCUCCUGGGCUUUCAACGGCCAGCUCAUCGACUUCCAGCGGGACGCCGAUCAUUUCGAGGUAGUCGGAGGGAUCUUCUCUGGAGAUCUGAUGAUCAGGAAUAUUCAGCUCAGUCACGGCGGGAAGUACGUUUGCCUCAUCGACACGGACGUGGAGAGCUUGUCGGCUGAUGCGAUAUUGAUUGUCAAAGGUCCUCCUGGACCUCCAGACGCGGUCUUAGUGGAGGAGAUCACAGACAGCACUGCUCAGCUCUCCUGGAGCCCGGGUCAGGACAACGGCAGCCCCAUCACGGGAUACAUUGUCCAGGGCAGGACCCCAUUCACAGUGGGUUGGCAGGCCAUUGACACAGUGCCUGAGGUGAUCAGUGGGAAUACACUGACAGCCACAGUUGUGGGGCUCAAUGCCUGGGUAGAGUAUGAAUUCAGAGUGGUGGCCAUUAACAGUGUAGGGAUGGGCGAACCCAGUCCACCCUCUGCCAAAACCAGGACAGAGGAUGCAAUGCCUGACACAGCCCCCACUGACGUUGGAGGUGGAGGAGGUACCAAAUCAGAAUUAGUGAUAACAUGGGAGCCGGUGCCGGAGGAACUGCAGAACGGUGAGGGUUUCGGUUACAUCAUCGCUUUCCGGCCCGUCGGAACGGUGACCUGGACGCGGGCGGUCAUCUCCACGCCGGGGGUGGCCAGAUACGUCUUCCGCAACGACACCAUCCCCCCGUUCUCUCCUUACGACGUGAAGGUUGGAGCCUACAAUAACAGAGGGGAGGGUCCUUUCAGCUCGAUAGCGACGGUGUUCUCUGCGGAGGAAGUGCCAAGUAUGGCACCUCAGCGGGUUUUGGCCAGGAGUGUAUCUGCUGCAGAAAUAGAGGUGAUGUGGGAACCUGUGCCCACCAUUCCAGAGAGAGUACUGGGCUAUGAGGUGGUGUACUGGGAAGACGACACAAAGCCAGACACAGUGGGAAAAGUGAGAAUAACUGGAAACUACUCGGCAGUGAAUGUGAGUGGUCUGGAGGGAAACACGCUGUAUUAUCUGGCCGUCAGUGCCUUCAACACAGCUGGGACAGGCCCUCAGUCUCACCCUAUUAAUGCCACCACCAGAAAACCACCCCCAGGACAGCCUCCUCAGAAUGUGGAGUGGAAUCUGACUGGCACGCAGCUAACUUUACAGUGGGAUCCUGUUAUUGCUCUGGAUACAGAAUCAGAAGUUACUGGGUAUCUGGUGCAAUACAGGAGACACCACAAUAACGAUAUGAUUUCAAUAACGACCAACAAAACUAGCAUGGAGCUGACCCUCUCGGCGAACGACAACUACGUCAUCCAGAUUAAGACGCUGAGUGAGGGGGGAGUCGGGGAGGGGAGCGAACCGAUCCACAUUCACAACCUGAGCAUGGGAGCACGAGGUUCUGGAACGACAAGCCUCAGAGGCCUCUCUCUCCCCCCUCUUCUUCUUACUGCACUCUCCAUGCUCAGCACCUCCUGA